AUGUCGUUUCCAUCGACGCGCAUCGGCGGUAGCGCCUUCAACCACCAACAGUCUGGCGACUCCGAGGCCGAGUACGAUAGAUUGAGAGACCUUGCGCGACAGGAACACGGCAAACGUCAGCAUUGUUCGGCCGAAUCGCAGAAGGCGUAUGCGCGUGGAGAUGGAGGUGCCGCUCACGACUUGUCGCAAGAAGCAAAGAACCACGGUCAGAAGGCCGACGACUACAAUAGACAGGCUUCGGAAUACAUCUUCCGCGAGAACAACGCUGUAGGAAGAGUCGACGGUGAUACCAUUGACCUCCACGGUCAGUUUGUUGAAGAGGCCGAGGAGAUUCUGGAACAGAGAAUCAAGUACGCAAAGAGCACCGGCCAGAACCAUCUGCAUGUCAUCGUCGGCAAAGGUAACCACUCUGUCAACCACGUCCAAAAGAUCAAGCCGCGUGUCGAGCAAAUCUGCCAGGAGCAAGGUCUCCAAUACCAUACCGAGCACAAUGAAGGCCGAAUCUACAUAAACCUCACUGGUGGAGCCGCCGUACCCCCUGCUGGAUAUGGUCAACCUCAACAGUACGACCAGUCUCAUCAUGGAAAGCCUCAGUACCAAACUGCCUACCCUCUGGGCUACCAGCAAGGCCAGCAACAGCAGGGCUACCCUUCGCAGCAACAAGGCUACCAGCAGAACCAACAGAACAACCAACAGCAACAACAAGGAACUCACCAGAUGGAUUACGAGGAGGAGAUCAAGAAGAACCUCCCCAAGGUCAUCCGCUUCCUCAAGAAGAACUGUUGUACUGUCAUGUAA